UUGGGCGUUGGGCUGUGCAUCUUAUUAACAACAAGGGACAUUUCUCCAUUUUGCAGACCGUCUACAGCGAGACGGCCACCAAUCUGGGAUUUUAUUGCUUCGCCUCCCUGAGCAAGCUUUCUCCUGCUGCACUGAAACCCCUCUUCACUCUCUCUGGACUCUGCUCAUCAUUUUUCCUCGAAAUUGUUUUUUUUCCCCUCUGCAAAGAAAGAAACGGACAAAAAGACAGAGGGGGACCGAGAGCAUUUGAACAAAGAAGCCUGUGGGUCUUUGUUCUGGGUUAUCUUUCUUUUUUUUUUUUCUGGAUCGAUUUGGGUUUCUUUGUUGGAGGAUAAAACAUGGGAGCGCAACUGUCUAAAGCGCCUGGAAACGCUGAAACUGUGGCUGAAAAGGCCGGGGAGGCUGCUGCUUCACCCAACAAGACCAACGGACAGGAAAACGGGCACGUGAAAGCAAACGGAGAUGCCUCUCCCGCUGCGGCUGAGAACGGCAAGGAGGAGGUGCAGGUGAACGGCAGCGCGGCGGCCGAGGAGAGCCCCAAAGAGGACGGGGAGAAGGCCGAGGCCUCCCCGGCCGAGAAGGACGCCGGAGGCGAGGAGAAAGUAGGAGCAGCGUCUCCGGCGCCCGCCGACGGAGAAGCCGCAGCCAAGCCGGAGGAUGGAGCGACACCUUCCACCAGCAACGAGACCCCCAAGAAGAAGAAGAAGAAGUUCUCCUUCAAGAAGUCUUUUAAACUCAGCGGCUUCUCCUUCAAGAAGACCAAGAAGGAGACCGGCGACGGGGCUGAGACCCAGGAGGCAGCAGCCGAGUCGGCAGCACCUGCCAAGGAGGAAGGCAAGGAGGAGACGGCGGCCGCCCCCGAGGAAGCCAAGCCCGUGGAGGGAGAGGCGACCCCAGCUGCGGAGCAGGUCAAGGAGGAGGUAGAGAAGAAGCCCGAGGAGGAGGCGACGGCGGCGGCGACAGAACCGGAGAAACCCACUGAGGAGGCUGCAGCCCCGGAGGAGCCCAAGGCAGAGGAGAAAGCGGCCGAGGCCCCGGCAGCGGCAGAGGAGGAGGAGGCCCUACAGGAAGCGGCGUCAGCAGAGACCCCGGCCGCUGAACCCGAGGCUUCAGAGUAACAACGGAAGAAAAUCCCAAACCAAGAUAAUCAAAGAACAUUCCCUGUCCGAGCGACGCCACCUGCUGGCUGUGGAGAACUGCAACCAGGGAGAUUUAAAAGCUUUCUUAAGAUUUCAUUUUUGGUUCCCACUGUCCCUCUUUCCCUCUCUCCCCAUACAAAACCCAUCUCAGUCUGAUACAACCCGGGAGGUGGGUGGCUUCAGCCCAGCUGAUCCACGCUCUGCCAUAUAUUUUUACAUCAGUAUUACCUUUUUAUUUGGUUUGUUUCUUCUUAUUUUUAUACAAAAUGUAAACAAAAAUAGUAACGGACUGUCCAGGGUGUGAUGGAGAUGUGGGGGUGGAAUUGUAAGCGUGGGGGAGGGGGGCUGGGAAUAUGUGCCACUGACUAUUAUACAAUGAGUAGCUUUUAAGAAAGAAAACUGAGGGCAACUUUUAGAAACUGCGCUCAGUUUGGAACACUAAGACUUUGUUUUCUACCAGAUUCCCGACCCCAGAGGUAGUUAGGGCCUGAUAUACAGUAAACCCAUAGGAAGCUGUCCACUCCUCAUUAGCUGUACCAGUCAGAUUCAGUAGGGAUAUGAGUUGUAUAGGCUUUAUUGUUAAUUGUUGGUAUAAAAGAAACCCAUGUAAGUAUGUAUAGGCAGGGUGUUUUUAACUGUGAUUAUUGUACAAAAGAAAUCUUGAUCUCAAGAAGCACAUAAAGGUUUGCAGCUCUUUUAUUCCACCUCCUCCUUUUUUGUAAGAUACCUACACACACUUACACACUCUGAUCUCUUUUUAAGCAGUUGUGAACUGAAAACCAAGCUGUGAUGAGUGGUAACCGUUUCUAUACUGUGGUAUGUUCUCCUGCAGCAGACAGUUCUUUUUCUGGUCGCCUUAUCACUUCAGUUUAUCGACCUUAUCAGAUGCAAUGUUUGUGUAGCAUCUCGUCUUUCUUAUCUACUUCCUUUUCUCUCUCUCUCUCUUUUGUAAAUACUGGAGAAGCUUCAAUUUGACUUAGAGAUGGAAUGUAACUUUUGUCUACGAAACAGUUGCUAUUAAAACCCUCCUGCUUAAGGUGUUCUAAUUUCCUGUGAGCACACUAAAAGCAAUAAUAAAUGUGAAGAAAAAGUGA